CCGCUUGGCCCGCCAGCUCCACAAGGUGGCGCUCAAAGAGGCUGUGGGGGAAGUGCACUUCGUCGCUCCCUUCAGGAGGGCCGAGGCGGCGGCGCGAAGCUCCCGUCGGGAGACCUACGUGGUGAGGGACAGUCCCGUGAGGCUCCUGUUGCCGGACAUCAGCCGGGGAGGGCGACUCGCUGCUCCUCUUGGACGCAGAGGAGGUGCUGUCACACCCGGUCAGUGAUGGUGCUGUGGACACGCCUUGCGGGGGAGAGGACAUUCCUGCUAGAUGCAAGGCCAUGCCCAGCCAUAAGGACAUGCCUGCUGGACACAAGGCCCCGCCCACUGAAGGAAAGGCCCCGGCCAGUAGGGACAGGUGCGCAACCAAUAGAAGCAAGGCUACCUCUGGAGGGGCUGCCCGCGGGAUGCUGGCUCCACAGCGGGGAUUCGAACCCAAAACCCGCUCCUUGGGGGUGAAGCAGCGAGACCCUAGAUCAUCUCGAAGUGCUGAGUCGGCAGCACAGUGUCGCCCGAGGGCCGCGGGCGCCCAGAAGGCUGAGCAGAGGGGCGCCCGGCUUGUAGCGCCCACCUCUCAGCUUCCCAGGGUGUCCAACACGAGAGAACAGGAUGGAAGCAGGUUGCAGGCCAGUAGGUCCGGAGCUCCUCUCCUUUCGUACACAGGUCGGGGGCUCGUCGGAAGCUCAGUCCUGCCGAUGGCACGCAGGAAGGGUCCCGGGAAACCUGCCUCCACCCGUGUUCCUAGGGCAGCGCUGGGGCGGAGUGCACCGCAGCCUUGGGGCCAGGCCCCGGACCCAGGACUCCGGAAAGGGCUGUGUCGCGUCCCGCUGACCGGGCAGGGCAGUGCGAGCGCGGGGACGAGGACGACGCAGGUCAGCGCAACAGGGGGCCCCAAACUGACACAGACAGGCUCUCAGCGAGCCGGCUGA